CAGUGCCCGCUGAGGACCAUGCCAACAAGUCUGGCCGUUUCAAGCAUCCUUGCCUUUAACCAAGUAAACUCUCAGGUCCCAGGGGCAGGAAGGUUUCCUUGAAGAGGCGCGGGGUGGAAUGGGGUGUGGGGGACACUGUGGGACCCACUGGGAGUGGAGAGGGAGAGGGCGAGUUUGCCCCCGGGUUGCGCGCGCCGCUUGCGAGUCUGCCCGUCGGGCUGCAAGGUCCUGCCUCCGACCGGAGCUGGCCUCGCCGCUCCCGCGAGUAGGGAGCCGGGCGGGACCCCGCCCAGGCGGCGGCCGGGUCCCCUGGGUUGGGCGCUGCUGGCGGAGCCGAUGGGGCGGAGAGGAGCGCGGCGGGAGGAGCAGGAGGAGGAGGGGGCUGGUCAAGGGAAGUGCGACGUGUCUGAGGAGCCUUUUUAUACCUCCUUCCCGGGAGUCCGGCAGCAGUCGCUGCCACCGCCAUCCGUGCGUCCUAGUGUCUCCGCUCCCAGGAGCCGGGCUCCCAGUUCCAGCGCGCCGGGCGUCGCCGCCGCCAACCAGCAUGUCCGGGGUCAAGAAGCAGAAGACGGAGAGCCAGCAGAAAUCCACCAAUGUGAUCUAUCAGGCCCAUCACGUGAGCCGGAAUAAGAGAGGGCAGGUGGUUGGAACCAGGGCCGGGUUCCGAGGCUGUACCGUGUGGCUGACAGGUCUCUCCGGUGCUGGAAAAACAACAAUAAGUUUUGCUCUGGAAGAGUACCUCGUCUCCCACGCCAUCCCCUGCUACUCCCUAGAUGGGGACAAUGUCCGUCAUGGCCUUAACAAGAACCUUGGAUUCUCUCCCGGAGACAGGGAAGAAAAUAUCCGCAGGAUCGCCGAGGUGGCCAGGUUGUUUGCCGACGCUGGUCUGGUCUGCAUUACCAGCUUCAUUUCUCCCUUCGCAAAGGAUCGUGAGAAUGCCCGCAAAAUCCAUGAAUCAGCUGGACUGCCGUUCUUUGAAAUAUUUGUAGAUGCGCCUCUAAACAUUUGUGAAAGCAGAGACGUGAAAGGCCUCUACAAACGGGCCCGAGCUGGGGAGAUCAAAGGAUUUACAGGCAUUGACGCUGAUUAUGAGAAACCCGAAACACCUGAGCUUGUGCUUAAAACCAACUUGUCCUCCGUAAGCGACUGUGUCCAGCAGGUAGUGGAACUUCUGCAAGAGCAGAACAUUGUACCUUAUACUAUAAUCAAAGGCAUCCACGAGCUCUUUGUGCCAGAAAACAAACUGGACCUAGUCCGAGCCGAGGCAGAAGCUCUCCCUUCAUUAUCAAUCACCAAGCUGGAUCUUCAGUGGGUUCAAGUUCUGAGUGAAGGCUGGGCCACUCCCCUCAAAGGUUUUAUGCGCGAGAAGGAGUACUUGCAGAUUAUCCACUUUGGCACCCUGCUCGAUGAUGGAGUGAUCAACAUGAGCAUUCCCAUUGUACUGCCUGUCUCUGCGGAGGAUAAGACGCGGCUGGAAGGAUGCAGCAAGUUUGUCUUGACACAUGGUGGACGGAGGGUGGCUAUCUUACAAGACCCUGAAUUCUAUGAACAUAGAAAAGAGGAGCGUUGCUCCCGUGUGUGGGGGACAACAUGUGCAAAACAUCCCCAUAUAAAAAUGGUGAUGGAAAGUGGGGAUUGGCUGGUUGGUGGAGACCUUCAGGUACUGGAAAGAAUAAGGUGGAAUGAUGGGUUGGACCAAUACCGCCUGACACCUCUAGAGCUCAAACAGAAAUGCAAAGAAAUGAAUGCUGAUGCGGUGUUUGCCUUCCAGUUGCGCAAUCCUGUCCACAAUGGCCAUGCCCUGCUGAUGCAGGACACCCGCCGCCGGCUCCUGGAGAGGGGCUACAAGCACCCGGUCCUCCUGCUCCACCCUCUGGGUGGCUGGACCAAAGAUGACGACGUGCCCCUGGACUGGCGGAUGAAACAGCACGCAGCCGUGCUUGAGGAAGGGGUCCUGGAUCCCAAGUCAACCAUCGUCGCCAUCUUCCCAUCUCCCAUGUUAUAUGCUGGCCCCACAGAGGUCCAGUGGCACUGCAGGUCCCGGAUGAUUGCAGGGGCCAAUUUCUACAUUGUAGGCCGGGACCCUGCAGGAAUGCCCCACCCUGAGACCAAGAAAGACCUGUAUGAACCCACUCAUGGGGGCAAGGUCUUGAGCAUGGCCCCUGGCCUCACUUCUGUGGAAAUCAUUCCAUUCCGAGUGGCUGCUUACAACAAAGUAAAAAAAGCCAUGGACUUCUAUGACCCAGAAAGGCACGCCGAGUUUGACUUUAUCUCAGGAACUCGUAUGAGGAAGUUGGCCCGGGAAGGAGAAAACCCCCCAGACGGCUUCAUGGCCCCCAAAGCAUGGAAAGUCCUGACAGAUUAUUAUAGGUCCCUAGAGAAGAACAACUAAAUGACCUUGGCUCCAGAGUUUCCUUCUGAAGUGGCCUAUGAUUCUCUUUUCUAUUUUUUGUGAUUAGAUGCUUUGUAUCCAAUUGUUUCUCAAUGACUGAUUCUAGGGUUUUAUAAUGAGGUAAAAAUGUAAAGUUCAAUUUCAAUAUAUACAUAAAAAUGUCAAGCUGAAGUCCAAAGCUUAGCAGGUAAAAGCAAUAUUGCUAUCAUUUCAGAAUGAUAGUGUGUUCUCUAUAGCAUCUGAGAGGCUAGGUUCCAGAUUUCUUAAAGCUUUGACCAUGUGUCUAGUUUACUUGCCCAAAAGUAAAGCAUAUUUUCCAGCUUAAGUCUUGCCAACGUGCAUACUCCCCAUGUCAUAUACCAAUAGUAAAAUAAAUCAGAGCAGCCUCUUCUAUAAAACUGGGGGGGGGGAAUUUCUCGCCUUGAAUGAGGUGGCUCAUGUCAAGAUUCUUCCUGACAUUUUGCCUCAUGCCUAUAUACAGCCUUACUGCCCAAUCUCUCAUAUGCUAAAGUAUGACCUGACUGGAGAAACCAAAUGUGUGAAAAUGUGAAUUUAAUCUCAGAGAUCUAUGCAACCUACUUCUGCCACCAAAGUUAUAUUGUCUAAUAAGAGAAGUCUUAAUAAUGCACUUCUGUGAAUACUAUAACUCUAGUUAAACCGUGACUUUUAAUUCAAUAGCGUAGAGUGCUUUGAUGAAAGAUUUACACCCAGGGCUCAGACAAUCUGGCAAUGUUGUAGAAGGUUACUUUUUCUACACUUUGCUGUGGUCAUUGUGUCUUAUGAAGAGGCUUUGCCUGCCAACUGCAGCAGCAUCGGCUAUAACGAAAACCUGCUUACACCAUCAGACUAGCCAGCAGCUAGCACUGGAAAAGACCACAGAAAACAUCAAAUCCAACCAUUUCAUCUGACUGGUGACCAAACUCAGACGAUGCACAAGCACAAGCUUUGAGCUGCUGAGCACUGCAACAAAAACACAAAACUGGCAUGCUUAGGAGGUACUGGUGGAACUGAACACGUACCUAGGCCACAUGACUCCCAGGCUGGUGCUCUGUCUACACCGCACAACAUGUGCGCGGGGUCUGAGUCCUCCAAAUGCUUAAUGAAGCUCCUUGAACAGAGGGCACUUACAAAGUAGCCUUUAUGGAUGCUGAAAGGUCCAGUUUUCCAAACUUAGAUGAUUUUAUUGCAGUUGAAAUAAAUACUUCUUCCAAAGACUCAUGCUAGUCUGAGACAUCCAACUCCUGAUGGCUUUACUUCCUGGGAGGCAAUCUUUUGUACUUUAUGUCUAAUUCCUUGUGCUAAGGGAUAUGUGAAGAAACAGUACCUUUUGUACAUAGGUCUUUCUGGAAGAGACUUAAACCGGAAACAGAAAACUGUGAUUUUUAAAAAAUAUUCUCAGUUUUUUUUUAAAUGAUAAUCUUAAAAAUGCUAAUGAAAGUUCUUUUGAGAAUAAAUAAUAUACAAUGACCACAGCAAAGUGUAAUUGUCUUUAAUAGUAUAUGCUUAGAUUCAUUUGAUCAGAGGUCCUCACAACUGCCUUUUUAAAAAAAAAACAGCAUAUUUAUUAAAAAUAUGAGACAGGAUGUAGUGCCUUAACCAAUAUAUUUUGUGAUUUUUAAAAAUAUAUUUAAAACUGCUCUUUUGCUCUAGCACCACACAGUGCAUAUGAUUAUUUGUAUGUACAUUGAUGCUUGUUCUUAUUUUAAUAAAUUUCUCAAAAUGGA